AUGCGUCUUCAAUUUACUAAAAGACAGUGGUUGACUGUAGUGGUAAUUUCUAUUGCGGAUUUUUGUAAUGCUAUAUGUGUUGCUCUUCAAGCGCCAUUUUUUCCUCACGAGGCGGAACUAAAGGGGUGUUCAGCUACAGAGUAUGGCCUGGUGUUUGGUGUGUUCGAGUUGGUAGUCUUCAUCAUCAGUCCUUUCUACGGCGCUCAUCUUAACAGAUUGGGGCCUAAGCUCGUCUUCAACGCGGGAAUAUUAACUACAUCAACAUGUUCUAUAUUGUUUGGGUUACUAGACAAAGUUGAGGGGCACAUACCAUUUGUGACGCUGGCGUUCACAAUACGCAUCGUAGAGGCUAUGGGAAAUGCAGCAUUCCUCACCGCUUCCUUUGCGAUCAUUGCUAAGGAAUUCCCUAAUAAUGUUGCUACUAUGUUUGCUUCCUUAGAAACAUUCUUCGGGCUGGGUCUCAUUGUAGGACCUAUGUUGGGUGGAGCAUUGUACAGUUGGGGUGGCUAUUCUCUGCCUUUCGCAGUACUAGGUUUCGCUUUAUUCUGCACAGCUAUAUUGUGUUAUAUAACAUUGCCGAAUACCCCUGAUGAUGAAGACAUCAAGCCUACAGGACCUACUAUGAUGUCUCUCUUGAAAAUUCCUGGAGUUUUAUUGGCCGCAAUCAGUAUCAUAUCAACGAGUUUGAGUAUUGGAUUUCUGCAGGCGACGCUAGAGCCUCAUUUACGACAGUUUAGCUUCUCUCCCGUGAUAUUAGGUUUAAUCUUUAUAAUAAAUGGUGGUAUAUACGCACUAUCUGCGCCCGGCUGGGGCUGGCUCUGUGAUCAUCCUUCUAUCAAGCCGAAGUACAUCACCACUUGCGGGCACGUAUUCGUUGUUGGAGCUUUCUUACUUAUCGGACCCGCACCAUUUUUUGAUAUGCCAACGGUUUUAUGGGUGACAAUUAUUGGAUUGAUCCUCCAUGGUCUUGGCCUCGGCAGCCUGCUCGUGUCUUCGUUUUCUGACGCGCUCAGCACUGCCAUUGCCAGUGGGUUGCCGAACUCUAUAGAAACCUAUGGCCUAGUAUCUGGAAUGUGGACGUCCACUUUCGCUUUAGGUGCUUUCAUCGGACCCACAGUUUCUGGAUUGCUUUUUGACUCUAUAGGAUUCAGAAAGUCAACUUCGUUCGUUGUUAUAUUACAUUUAUGUGUAAUGGCGAUCGUGUUACUGUUCCUGUGUACUUUUGAACGGUACAAAAUGGAAGUGUCUGUUUCUGCUGGUGAUCUCAUGCAGUUAGAUGGCACCUUAGAUGAGAGCGUCCUCAUUGGUGACAAGUACUUACCACCGGCUACUAGGACUAAGAGUCACAGGUACGGCAUCAGUGUGGAACAAUCUCGCCCGCCGGCAAUGAACAGUCUUAUAGCUUGCUCAAGUUUCAAAAACAGGCGCAGUCCUUGGAGUCAACGUACGCCAAGAUAUCGACCUUCCUACGGCAGUCUCGAUCACCGCUUCAGAGCAUCUCUCUCCGUCACA